CUAGUUUCCAGGAGUAGUUACAGGCAAAAAACUGCCGUAAGGAAUCGUGGAAAUGUUAAGGAUGCAGCAGGUCAUGCUGCAAUAUUUUUGCUCAAAGUUGUUGCAUUAGAAACGGUUAGAAGGGUCGCAAAGGCCAACUGUCCCUCUUUAUGGCGCGGGCUUCAGGCUCUGCAAGUUAUUUGCUAUACUCCCUUUAUUUGUGUUCAGAAUGGGUUCCCUUUAAGGGUUUGCUCAAAGGAAUGGAGACAUUGUCGAGACCGGUAUUGGUGCUUUCGAUUGCGACAUCACUUUCUGAUCAAGAAGAUUUAGCUGGUGAAGCAACUAAUAGUGGUUCUCUGGUGAAUCCAGAAUUGCAUUCUGAUGAACCCUUUUUGCAGUCAGCCUUGGAUGCAUGCGAUGAAGCUUCCCAAAAUCUAGAGUGUGACUGGUUGGACAAACUCCACAAGGAACUGGAAAGUCAAGGAAUUAGUUUACCAGAGAGAAUCAGAGACGAAUAUCUCCGUAGAUUUUAUACAUCUGCAAAGGGUGACUUUGUAGUUUUCAUAUAAUCAAUUAAAAAGACAAUCAGAUGGAGGGAGACAUAUAGACUUCAUUCUCAAGAAGAGCUUGAGACAUGGGAGAACAUGGUAUUCUGGCACGGAUAUGAUCUCAUGCAACGACCUUGCCUCGUUGUACAGCUUGGGCUAGCCGCG